UCGCCCGCGCAGCAUCGCCCCUCCCCCGCGCCGCAUCGCCGCACAUCGCCCCCCAGCGCCGCAUCGACAUCCACACCAUUCCCCUCCUCCCCCGCCGUAUCAUCCAAGCCGCCACUGAAUCGAGGCCCCCUGCCCCGAUUUCACUCAGAUCUGGGUACUCGCGCUGCAGGUGCGUACCUGGUUCUGAAACCGGCUCUACUAUUCGCGUGAGGGCAAGGCUGCCAGGGCAGCGCAGGCACAAGGGAAUUUGGCUGCACGUACCCACCGUCAGCUUGCUGCCGGUUCCUCGGCUACAAGGGAAUCUAGGCUGAACCAUCGCCUACAUCGACUUCCGGCCCGAUUUCAUGGCCGGAUCUGAAGAGGUCAAUAUGUGGGAUUUCUUGUCCGUGGGGGACACCCACCAUGCCGCCGGCGGGGACUUCGUUUCCUCGACCAACGCCAACUCCACGUACGGGGCAGGGCAAGCGCCGACGCCUCGUCCCAUCACCGAACCGCCGCCGCCGGCACCUAUCCUCGGCGGGUUCCCUCCGCCGACGCCAGGCGGAUACGGCCACCUUCCGCCGCCGCCGGUCUACGCGGGACUCCAUUCGGCGCCACAUCCAGACACCGGCUUCGACCUCAACGCUUCGAGCUCCGCGGUUGGGGGUAGUCCUGCUUCCAUGGGGUACGGUCGACAUCAGUACCCGUGGGCGCCACAGGCUGGCUGGGCAGGUUCGUCGCAGCAGUACCCCCCUCCUGUUCUGCCAGGUCGCGGUGCACACGACGAGGGGGCCCUGUGUGGACAAAAAGGCCGUGGCCGUGGACGCUGCGGCCGUGUUCAUUGCAGUGGCGCUGCACCGCCGUCGCCAAGUCGAGGUUCCAGCCGUGGGCGCUCCCAAACUCGCAACACGCUUACCAUUGGGAGCUCCUCCAACUCCGGCACUGGCGAUGACGGGGACAACGACGACGAUGGUGAUGACAGUGACUCCAUGUCAGACAAUUAUUCCUCGAGAGGAAUCCCUAGGUCGGACGCAAAUUGGAACGAAUCAAAUACGCUCCUUUUCUGCGACCUUUGGAUAGAACAAUGUAUGAUAGGCAACUGUCCACAUGGUAAAAUGAAGACUAAAGGGUACUGCAAAAUAAUUAGGGAGUACAGGCACAAGACUGGCUUGAACCAUGAUUUGAAGCAGAUGCAAAAUGAGUCAAGGAAACUCAAAAGAUUUCACUACUUAAUUCUUGCAUUGGCUAACCAAUCGGGGGUUUUAGAACUUCCUGGUGGUGGGUACUCUGUCCUCGACCAUGUGUGGAAUAGACUGCAUAAGAGAUGGCCAGACGAGGUCAACAGACUCAAGAGGGGUUUUCCCACAUGGACUGCGAAACUAUAUGACAUGUUCAAGGAAUGUACAAUUGACUGGAGCAAAAUGAAAGUGACUGGUGGCUAUGGAACCUCAGAUAGUGAUGGCAGCAGUCCCACAACCACUUCUGGCAGCCGAAAGAGGGCAAGCAGUGGUGGAACUUCCUCAACCGCUGAAAGUCCAUCGAAGAAGAACAAACGCCCCAAGGCACCAUCCGCAAAGAAGGAAAAAUUGAAAGUUAGAUCCCUCUUGCAGUCCAUGUUUCUUGAAAUGAAGAAGCCGGCUGAAGCGGCAAAGCAGGUUCUGGACCAAGCUCAUGAGCUGAAGAAGGCCAAGGAAAAGGAGAAAGCUGAUGCACUCAAAUAUUGCUUGGAUUUGGCAGUUCAAAGUGGCAUCUCAAGAACCAGCGACGAAUUCUUUUUCUUGAGCAAGCUGUUUAAAUCCGAACAUUGGCGAGGAGUGUUUUGCUACUUGCAAACGCCGGAUGAGCGUCUUGCGUGGAUCUACAAAGCAUUUGCUGAUCCUACGAUGCAUGCGGAGUAGCUAUUUAUGUCGUCCUAAAUAAUGUUUAUGUUCUACUAUGUGGACUAUCAUGUGGGACCAUGUGUGCCUAAGAACCUGUUGCACUCAUAUGUUCUUUUGUGUAAUGUUAGCGGUGGCAACUAUGUUAUGAAGCUUGUAGAUGUGACUGAACCUAGUCAUCGUCAUGUGUGCCUAUAAAACUUGUGUUGGGUUUCUGUCAUGAUGUUUGUUUCAUUCCACUGGAAGUUGUGCUUGCUGCAUAUUGUGCUGUUACUUGCUUAAGUUUAAAUGCAAUUUGAUAUCCUAUUAUGCAUGUCUAAUUGUGGCUUUUUGUUGA